AUGCCCCAGACGCUGAACAAGAGGAUGUCGUUUGCUCGUCGUUGUCUAUCUAUAGACGUCACUGGCGAUUUGCUGCUAGUUAUCGGCAUCUUCUCAGCGGCGGCCACUACCGUCAACGCAGAAUGCGGCAAGGAUACAUUUAUUAUGGAUUAUCUGCUAAACAAAACUGCAUCUGGUUACAAUCGGCAAAUACUACCAGCAUAUCCAGUUCAAGUACGAAUUGAGCUUUGGAUUCAGGAGGUUACUUCAGUAUCGGAAGUAACGCAAGAUUUUGAAAUUGAUCUUUAUAUCAAUGAGUUUUGGGAAGAUCCAGCGUUAGUCUACAGUUCACUAGCACCAUGCAACGGUAACCUCAGCUUUGAUUCUACUAUGCAGGAAAAUAUUUGGACGCCAAACACCUGUUUUGUAAAUUCCAAAAAUGCAUCAAUUCACAGCUCACCGUUUCGAAAUGUGUUCUUUAUGAUUUUCCCAAAUGGUUCUAUCUGGACGAACUGGCGAGUGAAAAGUACCGGACCGUGUAAGUUAAAUUUAGCUCGAUUUCCGAUGGAUUUUGUUAGCUGUUUUUUGGUGGUUGAAUCUUACAACUAUAAUGCUCGGCAAGUGCGAAUGAAAUGGAAUGAGCCUACCCCUGUUCUGCUUUUUAAAGAUAUUGAGUUACCAGACUUUUUUAUGGUCAAUUACUCAGUGAUUACUAAUCAAACGCGAUACGCAGCCGGAACGUGGGAUGAAUUAACAAUUUCAUUCCUCUUUCAGCGAAGAAAUGGUUUCUACAUGAUUCAAGGUUUUAUUCCGACUCUAAUGACAGUUUUCAUCUCCUGGAUAUCAUUCUAUCUCAGCCCGUCAGUGAUGAAUGCUCGGACAAUGAUUGCUUGUUACACAGUUUUCAACGCGAUCUACUGGGGGUAUUACCUUAGCACAGAUUCCCUGUUACGAUUGCCAGAACAGAAGGAGCAAGCCCAAACAACACCGAUAAUCGAUUGA